AUGGAUUUCAAAAUGGUUGAUGUAGGGUUGGUUAGCAGCCAAGACAAGGCCAUUCCUGGCCCAUCCGCACUAGUUACUGCAACUGGGACCGCAAGCCCUCUCGCACCUCUCGAGCUCAUAGGGGGGCAAUACAUAGGAGUACCCACGUUACCAAAGAGCUACAGGUUUAGUGGCAGGGGGCUGGCUGCACCCUCACAUCGGUAUGGGAAGUCUCGUGAUGAGACCGACGAGAAUUCAGAGGGGGCCGAGGAGGAUGCGGAAGGGGGGAGGGGGAAUGUCAAGGGUGGUGGGGGGGAGGGGAAGCCAAAGGGAUUGGCUGGAGAGUGGCGGCUGGAAAAGAAGCGCCUACGCAUCCAACGUAGUCCAUCCGAUAGCAAUGACAAGGAUUAUGAUCCAAAGAAAGAUAGGGAUUGCGCGGGGUGGAGGGAUGACGAGGAGGAGGAGGAGAAGGGUGAGGAGGAGGAGGAGGAGGAGGAGGAGGAGGAGGAGGAGGAGGAGGAGGAGGAGGAGAAGGAGGAGGAGGAGGAGGAGGAGGAGGAGGGGGAGGGAGAGGGUAGGGGUGAGGAGGCUGAGGAGGAGGAGAAGGAGGUGUCACAGCCGGGGAAGGCUAAGGGGAAGGCCAAGGGGAAGGCCAAGGGGAAGGCCAAGGGGAAUGCCAAGGGGAAGACCAAAGGCAAGGGGAAUGGGAAGAAGAAGGGCAAGGGUAAAGGCGUACAAGGUCAGGAGGAGGGGGGGGAAGAUGACGGUCCAGAUGUUCGGGCCAUUGGGGGCGAAAGAGAAGCGCAAGUGUAA